UAUUGAUGCCAUAUAAUAACAAUGUUCAUGUGGCUCAGUGAUAGAGCAUUGCAUUGACAACACAAGGUUGUGGGUUUGAUUCCCAGGGAACGCGUGUUAGGUAAAAAAUGUUAGCCUGAAUACAGUGUUAGUCGCUUUGGAUAAAAGCAUCUGCUAAAUGCAUCAUUUUAAUUGAAUAUAAUUCUGCACAUCAUGCAAUUAGCAAUGCAUGAAGCUCAAACCUAAAUUGAGCAGACAUUCCUUUUUAUACGAGAAAAUAUAAAAAUAUUUAAGAAGCAAAUUGUGAAAGUCAAGCCUAAAAAGCAGAGAGCAGCAGAGCAAGAGGACACCGGCUGAGUGCAUUAUUUCCUCGUGUGCUGCGUGCGUCACUUAACAUAGCAACAGCCCAGAUGACAAGUCAGGACUUGUCUGUGUUUGAGGAAAGCUCAGCGGGCCACUGGGGCAGAUCUGUGUCCCUCUAUAUCCCAUCCUGGAGGAAAAUCCCUCAUUCUGCAGAACUCAAUGCAGGGAAAAGAGCCUGCCGCUGUUUAAAGAUCAAAAGUCAUGUUAUUUGAGGAAUGAAGUGAGAAACUGCAUGAAACUUUCCAAUGAUCAGUGAUGAUCUGGUGAACUCGUAUCAUCUGCUCCUAUGUGCUCUGGAUCUGGUUUACUGCAACGCUCUCCUUUGCUCUAGUCGUAAAGAUCUGCUCAACCCAUCUUUUAAAGGGCUGCCUGAGGACUUCAACAGUAAAGAUUAUAAGCCCGGCCCGGGUUCAUUAUGUUUCAUAGAGAAGCUGUGUGAGCUUCAUGAUGGGCUGGUGCUGGAGGCCAAAGGAGCAAAGGAGCAUUUCUGGAAACCCUUCAUCAAGAAACUCUUUGAGCGCAAGGUUUUGAAAGGGAAAGAGGACACGCUGACAGGGUUUUUAGAGCCGGUGAAUUUUGGUGACAGUCUUGCUUCGCUGAACCGUGUGUAUGAGGAACACGUGUUAUCAUCUGGUUCUCUGGAUGAGAGGAUAUUUCUGGGAGAAGCGGCCAGAGAAGACAUUGGCACCCCAGGACCUUGUUUGUGUGAAGGGACAGAGAACCAGGAACGACUGACCAACCUCCUCCAGAACUCAAUGACGGCAUCUGCUCUGAAAGUGUCCACUCCUUUGACUGGAAGGAGGUACGUGCCAGAGAGCAGCGUGGGUACUCCCGUUUCCACAGCGAUCCAGAGCGUGGGCCGUCUGCACACUCUGCUGACAGGAUUCAAAUACAGACCCAGCAUGAGACUCAGAGACAUAUUCAGAUCAUGUGUAAGAGACCCCAGCGAGUCCAUAGCAGCCAGACUGAAGGAGAUGUCAGAGAUUUUUCUUAAGAAUUACGAGGGAACAGGAGAGGAAAACAAGAGUCUGGCAAGAGAUGUUGCAGUGAAGUAUUUUUGCUUGGCUGAAGCACUUUAUUACAAAUCACUGGAAGUGAUCAUCAACCAGGAGAAGAAACGGCUUGGAGACAUGGACCUGUCUGGCAUUCUAGAGCAGGAUUUACUUCACCGAUCACUGAUCGUCUGCUGCCUGGAGAUCAUCAUCUUCUCAUAUCGACCCCCGGGAGAGUUUCCCAGAGUCCUGCAAAUCUUUGACCUUCCUGCUUAUCAUUUUUAUAAGGUGAUUGAGUUGUUGGUACGGGCGGAGGAGGGUCUUUUCCGGGAGGUAGUCAAACAUCUGAACCAUGUUGAGGAGCAGGUAUUAGAAUCUUUGGCGUGGAAAGGAAAUUCCCCACUUUGGGAGAGCAUCCGAGAGGCCAAGAACUGCGUCCCUGCCUGCCAGGAGGUAAUGCCUCCUCAACACCUGGAAGACAGUUCAGGAAACAACACACACACUCCCAGCAAGAGUGGGUUCAGCAGUAAUAUCUCAGUAAAAGGAGUUUCUCCAUCCCCUACAUCUCUCCAUGACCGUUACAACUCGCCUCCUACUGGUACGGCCUGUCGCCGCCUCUUCGUUGACGGAGAUUCAACCUCUGAGCCUGCUCAACCUGUUAAAGUGGCACAGCCAUCUCUGGUCAGCCCCAUCCCAGCCGGACAGACUGUGGUCACCAUGGCAACAGCAACAGUCACAGCAAACAAUGGCCAGACGGUCACCAUACCGGUCCAAGGGAUAGCAAAUGAAAGCGGUGGGAUCACAUUUAUCCCGGUGCAAGUGAGCGUGACAGGUCAGAGUGGGGGGGCUCUGCCAACCCUCAGUGCCCAGGCUCUGACAGGUACCCUGACUGCCCAGCAGCUGACGGCAACACCCACAGGCACAGUCCAGAACAACCCCAGCCCUGCCAAACCAGACAGGAAGAGUCCUCAGCAGGGAACACCCACCAAACGAGCACAAAAGACUGGCUCCCUCUGCCUUUUCUUCCGCAAGGUGUAUCACCUUGCUAGUGUGCGUCUCAGAGACUUGUGUGCUAAAUUGGACAUUAGCACAGAUUUGCGCAGGAAAAUCUGGACAUGUUUUGAGUAUUCACUAGUGCACUGCACUGACCUCAUGAUGGACCGACAUCUGGACCAGCUCCUCAUGUGUGCCAUCUAUGUCAUGACUAAGGUGACGAAAGAGGACAAGUCCUUUCAGAACAUCAUGAAGUGCUACAGAUCUCAACCUCAGGCCAGCAGCAGUGUAUACAGGAGCGUGCUGAUCUCUGGAAGAAAGAGAUGCCACUCAGGAAACAGUGAAAACACCCACAGACAGUGCUCACCCACAGAGGGAGGACAAGAACAAGGCAGCGGUGAGAGCAGUCCCGUGUCCAUGCGCUCCAGCAGCACUCUGCCCAUUCCCCAGCCCAGCAGCACCCCAUCCACCCCGACCCGGGCCCCUGGGGUCCCCCAAGAGCAGGAGGAGGAGAGGGGAGACCUCAUCUGUUUCUACAACAACGUCUAUAUCAAACAGAUCAAACCGUUCGCUCUGCGUUACUCCAGCAACUCGCCGAAAAACGGGAUGUAUGUGGGUUUGCAGGCUGAAGCUCCGCCCCUCUGUCCGUAUCCCUCUGUCCGCAUUGGCUCUCCACGCCGGGUGCUCCUGUCCCACAAUCACUCCAUCUACAUCUCUCCACACAAGACCGGCAGCCCAAUUACUCCUCGAGACAAGAUCUUCUACUACGUCAGCUCAAGCCCAUCCAAUCGGCUGCGAGAGAUUAACAGCAUGAUCCGAACGGGCGAGACGCCCACCAAGAAGCGAAGUAUCGCCCUGGAGGAAGAGCAGCAGUCUCCCGCCAAAAGGCUCUGCCAGGAGAAUCAGACGGCUCUGCUCAGACGCCUGCAGGAUGUGGCCAACGACCGAAGCUCCUCCCACUGAUGUGGCCACAGCAUCAACACCCGUAAAGAUACAAGUCAGCCACAAUACCGACGCUACGUUCCCAGUGUCAGUGUUUUGGACUGACAACUGUAUUUACUCCUGUCCACACAACAGCUUACAAUAGAGGAUUGAAUACUGUCCGUUUGAGUGUGCAACUCAAGUCAAGCCUGUAUUCUAUAGAGCAUUGGUUCUGGAAGUAAAAAAAAUUACACCAAUUAAAGAGUCGCAGUGAAAAAAUUGUCUCAAAGGAGCACUGGGCUCCACCCACUCCCAUGAAGCACUGCAGAUUUGUAAUUGGGACUCUUAAAAAACUUAAAUAUUCCGAUAUAUAUAUAUAUAUAUA